GAAUCAGGGCCUUGGAUCUUCGAUCUCCAUGGAUUCUUUGGUUGUAUGAUCUGGACAUUCUUGUUCUGUACUUGAUUUGAGUGUAUCUCUGUAAUACCGUUUGAAUCCCUCUUAUCUAAGUCAAUCUAGGGCUCAAGAUUAGAGUUUUCUGAUAUGGAUUUGCUACAUUCACAUAAGAUCUGUAAACUUUCAUGGCUGAAACUAACGAUUUAUAGUUGAUUUCUAGUUUCUUUUCUUCUGUUUUGUACUUUUUCUUUCGAAAUCGAUUUAUCUAGGGUUAUGAGUGCCGUAUUAAUGUCUCUGAUCACGCACAGGAUAAGCUAGCAGCGUUGGAUCUGGAUCGUUAGCAACAAUGAGUAGAAGCAAGCUCAACGAUGUAGAGAUGUAGAUCUUAUUCUCAGAUCUGUUCUCUAUCCGAUCAGAUCUGCUCUCUCUAUCGCUCCGAUCUGCUAGUAUGAAUUCCGCUGAAGAGCUCUCUCCAUUUCCAGACAAACACCUGAGGAAUUCGAAUCAUUGAAACAAAGCUCUCACCUUUAAGGUGGCCACAAUUUCUGUUGUUCCCUCAUCAUACAUGUGAGUUAGGUGGCCACAAUUUCUGCCAACGGUGACACUGAAAUUGGGGAACUGAUAGCACGGGCAAUGGAGAAAGUUGGGAAGGAAGGAGUCAUUACUGUUGCUGAUGGAAAUACUUUGGAGGAUGAAUUGGAUGUGGUGGAAGGGAUGAAGCUAGGAAGGGGUUAUAUAUCUCCUUAUUUUGUUACUGAUCAGAAGACCCAGAAAUGUGAACUGGAAAAUCCCCUCAUCCUUAUCCAUGACAAGAAAAUUUCAGACAUGAACUCACUUGUCAGAAUAUUGGAGCUGGCUGUGAAGAAACAUCAACCCCUGCUUGUGGUUACUGAGGAUGUGGAGAGUGAUGCACUGGCUAUGCUCAUUAUAAACAAGCAUCGUGCUGGGGUUAAGCCACAAUUUUACUCAUGGACUUUAAAUCUGUCCUCCACAUUCCUUAUGUUUGUGCCAUUAAAGCACCUGGUUUUGGGGAAAACAGAAGGGCUAAUUUAGAUGACCUUGCUAUUCUCACUGGUGGAGAGGUUAUCACUGAAGAAUGUGGCUGCUGUGUGGUUAUUAAGUAUUUCAAGAAUGCCAAAAAAGGGGUGAAAUAUUGAAGCUAAGGUCAAUGUGUAAAUCAUUUCUGGCAGGUGAGAGAGGGAGGGUAUGAUACCAAGGUCAAUGAAACAGUCAAUGUUGUCACCACAAAAACAACAGAGAUCGGACAGAAGACAUGGGGGAUCAUGAGAGGGGUCAUGGCAUUGGCCUCACAAAAGGUGGAGGAGUACACUAAGGAAGGCAGCACGGGCACUGGCACCAGCUGGAAGGCAGACAACUGGCAACGAAACGAAAGCGAGGGAAAUGGCUAUUAUCAAGAGUUUGCACAAGAGUCAAAAGGAUGGAGUUCCGGAGGAGGGAAGUCCUCAUCUGGUGCUGCUCAUAAUAAUUCUGUUAGCUCAGGGUCUUGGGAUGAUUGGGACCAAAAAGACAAUAGGAAAGAAGAAUCCUCCACAAAGGGUGCAGCGUCCAGUAACUGAUAGGAAAACUGUUGGGCACAAUGGAAAAUCCGAUGGUAAAGAUGACGGAUUUGAUCAUUUCUACCAGAGUGCAUCAUCUGAUAAGAAAACUGUUGGGCACAAUGGAAAAUCCGAUUCCAACUGGACUGAUGGCGGCUUUCUCUAAGGUUUGUACAUGAUCACCAACUUUUUUUUUUGACCUUUCAAAAGUGAUUUUUUUCCCCAUGUAACUUGUUGGGAAGGGGCUUGUAUAAUUGUGAACGGUGUGGGCGAAUUGCUCAACUAUAGAGGACAACCAAUGUCUUUCGAGUGUGAGGAACACUGUUUGUGACUUUUUAAAUUUAGAUUGCUUUCGGAUUUGUAA